GCAACCUGCUGAGCAUCAGCGCCUGAGCUCGCUGAGCUCCAGCUUGUGCAGGAGGAUGGAGCCUGUAGAGAGCGUGGUCCCCAGGGGCCAAGGAUGACGGCUGGCCUAGCCGUUACUGUCCACACAUUCAGAGCAUCCUUUGCAUCUCACCAUGGUUCUGAGGAAAAAACUGAGCUGCUUGUGGACUUUAGGUCUCUGUCUGGUAGCCAGUAAAUCGUCUGCUAAAGUCCCUGCUAUCACAGACCAGCGCUUCAAAGACGAGUGCGUGGAGUCUCAUAAUGAGCUGCGAGGCAAAGUGUGGCCCCCCGCGGCUGACAUGAAACACAUGAGUUGGGAUGAUGGUUUAGCAAAGGUUGCUAAAGCAUGGGCAAACAAGUGCAAAUUUGAACACAACUCCUGUUUAUCAAUACCAUAUGGAUGCUAUCCAAAUUAUAAAUUUCUUGGAGAAAAUAUCUGGUUCGGUGGAUUACGCAUAUUUUCACCAAAAUCUGCUGUUACUGCUUGGUUUAAUGAAACUGCAUUUUAUGAUUAUGAUAACCUAUCAUGUUCCAAAGUUUGUGGCCAUUAUACACAGGUAGUUUGGGCCAAUUCAUAUAAAGUUGGUUGUGCAGUAACAGUAUGUCCUGGAUUUGAGGGAUAUGAAACUGCAAUGUUCAUAUGCAACUAUGGACCUGCAGGAAAUUAUCCAAAUCAACCUCCUUACACUAAAGGAAUAUCCUGCUCUUUGUGUGCAGAAGAAGAAACUUGUAUAAAGAACCUCUGCCGUAAUAAAGAGCUUGAUGAAUCUGAAAACUAUCCAGAUUGGAAUCCACAGGGGACAGCACCUCAGCAGAUAUCAUGUAACCCAUUGUGCCUAGUUUCUGUUCUUCUUGAGACUAUUUUAAUUAUCAUUUAUAUAUAAGAAAAGUUCUCAAAUGUGACAAUAAAUACUUU